ACUCGGUUGCUGAGAUUAACGGAGAUAAACGUGCAAGCAAAGUGAAGAAAGCUCUCACCUAGGGUUUGGAUUAGGGUUUCUUCAUCCAUUUAGCUCAUCUCGAAUCAAUCAAUGAUGAGAGAGAUCUACGUAGAGGAUGGAUCUCUCGAGAGAAGGCCAGGCAUCUUCAUGAUUGGAUCUCCCAACGUCGGCAAGCGAACUCUUCUCUCAAGAUUGCUUUCCGCUGAUGUUCCGGAUACAUCUGACCUAUCUGGUGGGAUACUUUGUCAAGGGUGGACUAUUCAGACUAAAUACUACUCAGCAGAUAUCUCAAUAUGGACAGCUGAUCUCAACAAAGAUUUCUCUUUUGGCGCACUGCCAAUUUCUAACGACCUAGCUGGCUUGGUGAUGGUUUUUGACAUGAGUGAUGAGUCUUCUUUCAUUGCCCUCAAAGAUUGGGUUGCCAGCAUUGAUCUUGAGAAGUUUGAAAUAUUAUUAUGUAUAGGAAAUAAAGCUGAUCUUGUGCCUGGUCAUACUGCCCAUGUGGAGUAUAGGAGAUACCUGCAGAAGCGUGGAGAAUCCACAAGUGAUCCCCAUCCUGAUUUCUGGGAUUAUGGGAUAGAUGAAGAUGAGGGAUGUAGUUUGCUGGGAGAGGAGGAAUCCUCAAUGGAAAUCAGGCAAUCUUGGUUAGAAUGGUGUAUCCAACAUAACAUAGAGUAUGUUGAAGCUUGUGCAUCUAAUGCUGACUUUGAUAAAUGUCUGUCUGUCGAUGGUGAUAUUCAAGGCGUUCAACGACUGUAUGGAGCUCUCUCUGCUCAUAUGUGGCCGGGAAUGGUCAUGAAGACUGGGGAAACUGUAUCUGCUUCAUUAUCAGUUAACAAGAAUGAAGAGCUUUGCAUGUGUGGAAGCUGAAGUUAAGCAUAUACGAUGAUUCCUCAAUUACAGCAGAAGCAAAAGGCUAAUAGACAUAUAUUAUAAUGAUUUGCAAUAAUAAGUUUCUGCACUUGAAUAGAAUUUCAAGUCUUGUAGAAUGAUGGUGGAUUGAGUAAAGAUGUGAUAUAUCCCCUUGUUUAUAAGCUCGUAAAAUUCACAUUGAUUUUGCCCAUUGCAAUUGUAAAUUUUGAGAGAGUAUUUUCAGUUAUGAAUACUGUGAAAGCUAAACUGCGCAACUGCAUGGUAGAUCAAUAGAGGAAUGGUUGCUUAGUAUCAUAUAUCAAAUUUGGUGUUUUUGAUGCUAUUAGUAAUGAUUUUUUGAAAGCUGAUUGUAUUAAUUCUCACUAUACCUGUGGGGUUGGAAGUCCUCUUUUCUCUUUUAACAAUCAUUUUAUAUAUAGUUUUGGGUUGGGAUUUUCAAGUUUGAAACUUUGUCCUUUCUCUCAAAAAAAGUCUUCAUAUUGUAGAAUGUGAUUAUUUAUAUAACUGUUUUAGUUUUCUUUUAAGAGAAGAGCUAAUAGUA